UUAUGUUUGUAUACAAUGCUUUAUCAAUCGAAUAUUCAUAUUCGAUUCCUUACGAGUAUUACAUUUUUUUGUCGAUUGAUUUCGAAUAUUCGAUAUUUUGCUGGAAUUGUUAUUUGUGCACAGAAUUCCGUUUUUCCAAUUUCUACGAUGGUGGGCUCAAACUUUGGCAUUAUUUACCACAACUCAAGCGGUGGCGGCGGCGGCACCAGCGGCACCGUUGGCGGUUCAUCUGGUAACCAUGCACAGCCGUCGGGCAUGGCGGCCGGAGCUCCAGGAGAUCGGGAGCGCUUAGCGCCGGCCUCUCAUCUCAGCGAUUUUAUGUCGCAGCUGGAGGAAUAUUCACCCCUGAUUCCGGAUGCGGUGACAUCGCACUAUCUAAACAUGGGAGGAUUCCACUCGGACGACAAACGCAUUGUCCGCUUGAUCAGUAUCGCGGCUCAGAAGUACUUGUCCGACGUCAUUGACGACGCAUUGCAGCACUCGAAGGCACGUACCCAUAUGCAGACCAGCAAUACACCAGGCGGAUCGAAGGCCAAGGAUCGCAAGUUCACUUUGACUAUGGAGGAUCUUCAGCCGGCCUUGGCCGACUAUGGCAUCAAUGUCAGGAAGAUGGACUAUAGCCAGUAGUUAAACUAAUUUAACGCUUUAGUUUUAGUAUAUUUCCUGCAUUCGCUUCGAAAUAAAUAAUUGUCAUUUCUGUGUCCAUCUCAGACCAUGUUUAAUCCCAAACUAAAUACAAUUUAUUAAUAUAUAUUUAAACAACUA